AACAUGCGGAAACAGCGCCUUCUGAUCAUGGUAUCCCCCACAUCCGGAAACAGACCCACAGACCGAGUCUAGGUGAAGGACUGGCACUGGCAACUCGUACGGGUAGGUGCAGUUAUGACACUCGUGUAGACUGGCGAGAUUUUGCCCAGCACAACGGACCGAGAUAUGUCAGCCAGAGAUCUCUCCUACAAUCAUGGGAGCCAGCUUACCGAAGGCUCCGAGGGCGAGAGAAGAAGACAGCCGCUACCGUUCUCAUGGGCCGGUGGAACCGACGAGACAAGGGGGAGCCACCCCCAGAAUCCAUCGGCCCACCUAACACACACGACCAGGCCGCGACGUCUCGGAGGGUGGCAUGCUUGCCUCAGUCGGUGGGCUGGGAUCCAUAUCGUCGAACGACGCU